GAAGAGCGCCUGCUUAUUUUGUAGGCAGGGCCGCCUGUCCCCUUUAUAAGCGCGCCGGCUUCUGGCAAUGCCUGUAGUUUCCAGCUGGUGAUCCCUUUGUGAGGUUAGAAAUCAUGAUGUGGCUUGUAGUUGCUUCCCUGUGUUUGGCAUCAGUAUUUGCUCUUCCUGUACACGACCCAGCUUUGGAUGAAACGUGGAACUUGUUUACUUCUUUCUAUAAUAAAAAAUAUGAAAAGGAUGACGGUUUGUGGAGGAGGUUGGUAUUCGAGGAUAAUUUCAGGACAAUCAUGAAACACAAUAUGCAAUAUGCUGCAGGAAAACACACUUACAGCCUUGGCAUGAACCAUUUUGGGGACAUGACUACAGAAGAAUUUAAACAACUAAUGAACGGAUACAAACAUAAACAGAAAAAGACACAAGGUGCAACAUUCCUGACACCAAAUAACUUUGAGGCUCCAAAACAAGUUGACUGGCGUGAAAAAGGCUACGUGACUCCAGUAAAAGAUCAGGGUCAUUGUGGUUCAUGCUGGGCUUUCAGCUCAACUGGUGCUUUGGAAGGUCAACAGUUCAGGAAGACUGGGAAGCUUGUGUCCCUGAGUGAGCAAAAUCUUGUGGACUGCUCUGCAGCAGAAGGCAAUCAGGGUUGCAAUGGAGGAUUGAUGGAUAAUGCCUUUCAAUACAUUCUUGACAAUAGUGGCUUAGACUCUGAGGAAUCAUAUCCAUAUGUUGCUGAGGAUCAAGACUGCAAAUACGAUCCAGCCAACAGGGCUGCCAAUGACACAGGCUUCAUGGAUGUUGAAUCUGGUAAUGAAAAGGCUCUAAUGAAAGCUGUGGCAUCAGUUGGUCCAGUCUCUGUAGCCAUUGAUGCUGCACAUCAAUCAUUCCAGUUCUAUCAACAUGGAAUUUACUAUGAACCUGAAUGCAGCAGUAAAGACCUAGACCAUGGUGUGCUGGUUGUUGGCUAUGGAUUUGAAGGAGAGGAUGUAGAUGGCAAGAAAUACUGGAUUGUUAAAAACAGCUGGGCUGAGACGUGGGGAGACAAAGGAUACAUCAAGAUUGCCAAAGACAAGAAUAAUCAUUGUGGAAUUGCUACAGCUGCCAGCUAUCCUUUGGUUUAGGAGCCAAUAAAGACUUUUAUAUUCAAACUAAAAGCUAUAGAAUAUCGACUACUCUGACCUCACAUCUAAGCUGGACUGUUAGAUUUUAUUAAUGUAAUUUGUUUUAAAUGUUGCACUUUUAUUGUAUUUUUUAAAAUAAACCUGUUUUACUCCCAA